GCUCGGCCCAGGUUAGGGGCUUCAUCGGGGGAACUCGGAGCCGCAGAGCCUGGUGAAGGUGGUGGAGCAUGACCGCGCGGCCCCUGGGGACGCCAGCGCAGUGAUGCCAACAUGAUGUUUCACUCAGACCGAAUGUGGAGCUGUCAUUGGAAAUGGAAGCCAAGUUCUCUUUUGUUCUUAUUUGCUUUGUGUCUUGUAUAUGCUCCUCUCUCAGUAUGGGCAUGUGCCAACUGCAGGGUGGUCCUCUCCAACCCUUCCGGGACCUUUACUUCUCCGUGCUACCCUAACGACUACCCCAACAGCCAGGCUUGCAUGUGGACCCUCCGAGCCCCCAUGGGCUAUAUCAUUCAGAUAACAUUUAAUGACUUCGACAUUGAAGAAGCUCCCAAUUGCAUUUAUGACUCAUUAUCCCUUGAUAAUGGAGAGAGCCAGACGAAGUUUUGUGGAGCAACUGCCAAAGGCCUAUCAUUUAACUCAAGUGCGAAUGAGAUGCAUGUGUCUUUUUCAAGUGACUUUAGCAUCCAGAAGAAAGGUUUCAAUGCCAGCUACAUCAGAGUUGCCGUGUCCUUAAGGAAUCAAAAAGUCAUUUUACCCCAGUCACUUGAUUCUUACCAGGUAUCUGUUGCAAAAAGUGUCUCUAUUCCAGAGCUCAGAGCUUUCACACUCUGCUUUGAAGCAACCAAAAUUGGCAAGGAAGACAGCGAAUGGAUAGCUUUCUCCUACUCAGGUGCAUCCUUCCCACAAUUGCUCAGUUUCGGAAAGACCAAGAGUGGCUACUUUCUAUCAUUUUUUGGCUCAAAAUGCUUACUAAACAGUGCUUUACCUGUGAAAGAUAAGGAAGAUAUUUUCACAGAAAGCUUCGAGCAGCUCUGCAUUGUUUGGAGUAGUUCUUUGGGCUCCGUUGGUGUAAAUUUCAAAAGAAACUAUGGAACAGUUUCAUGCAAUUCUACGAUUAGUAAAGUUAUUCCCGGGAAUGGGAAAUUGUUGCUGGGCUCCAAUCAACAUGACAUUGGCUCCCUCAAAGGGGACAUUUAUAACUUUCGACUUUGGAAUUUUACCAUGAGUUCCAAAAUCCUCUCCAACCUCAGCUGCAGUGUGAAAGGGAAUGUGGUGGACUGGCAAAAUGACUUCUGGAAUAUCCCAACCCUAGCUCUGAAAGCUGAAAGCAACCUCAGCUGUGGUUCCUACCUGAUUCCACUCCCAGCAGCAGAGCUAGCCAGCUGUGCAGAUUUGGGGACCCUCUGCCAAGCUACUGUAAACCCUCCUAGUACUGCAUCACCCACUGUCACCACUAACAUGCCUGUUACUAACAGAACCGAUAAACAAAGGAAUGAUGGGAUUAUUUAUAGAAUUUCCAUAGUGAUUCAAAACAUCCUUCCUCACCCCGAGGUGAAAGUACAGAGCAAGGUGGCAGAAUGGCUCAAUUCAACUUUCCAGAAUUGGAACUACACUGUGUAUGUGGUUAAUAUCAGUUUUCACCUGAGCACUGGAGAGGACAAGAUUAAAGUGAGGAGAAGCGUUGUGACUGACCAAAGGUUGGUGAUUUUGGCCCUUUUGGUUUAUAAUGCUACCAACAAUCCCACUUUAGAAGGAAGAACCAUUCAGCAGAAGCUUUUAAGAAAUAAUGAGUCCCUGGAUGAGGGCUUGAGGCUACAUACAGUGAAUGUGAGACAACUGGGUAUAUGUCACUCUAAUGAGGAACCCAAAGGCUAUAAAUGGCCAAGCAUCCAACCUUCUGAAUACAGAAUGCCCUGUCCAGGGAAACAGGGCUUCUCUGCUUCACGAACAUGUUAUAAAGACUCUGUCAACACUUCUGUAGCCUACUGGGGGCCUCCCGAUAUCUCCAAUUGCUCAAGGGAAGCAAAUGAAGCUGCCAAUCAGAUUUUAAAUUUAACCAGUGACGGGCAGACAUUAAGCUCAGCCAAUAUCACCAGCAUCGUAGAACAGGUCAAAAGGAUUGUAAAUAAAGAAGAAAACAUUGAUAUAACGCUUGGCUCAACCUUAAUGAAUAUAUUUUCUAAUAUUUUAACCAGCCCAGAUAGCGAUUUGCUUGAGUCAUCUUCUGAAGCUUUGAAAACAAUUGAUGAAUUGGCCUUCAAGAUAGACCUACAGAGCACAACACACGUGAAUAUCACAACUCGGAAUCUGGCUCUUGGAGUAUCAUCUGUGUCCCCAGAGACCAAUGAAAUUUCAAAUUUUAGCAUUGGUCUUCCAAGCAAUAAUGAAUCAUACUUCCAGAUGGAUUUUAAGAGUGGACAAAUGGAUCCUUUGGCUUCUGUCAUUUUGCCUCCGAACUUACUUGAGAACCUAAGUGAAGAGGAUUCUGUAUUAGUUAAAAGAGCACAAUUUACUUUCUUCAAUAAAACUGGACUUUUCCAGGAUGUAGGAACCAAGAAAGUCACCUUAGUAAGCUAUGUGAUGGCGUGCAGGAUUGGAAACAUUACUAUCCAGGAUCUGAAGGAUCCUGUUCAGAUAAAGAUCAAACACACAAGAACUCAGGCAGUGGCUCAUCCCAUCUGUGCCUUCUGGGAUUUGAACAAAAAUGAAGGUUCUGGAUUUUGGAACACUUCAGGAUGUGACGCGCACAAAGAUUCAGAUGCCAACGAGACAAUCUGCCUGUGUAACCACCUCACCCACUUUGGGGUUCUGAUGGACCUUCAAGGAACUGCCUCACAGUUGGAUGCAAAAAACACUAAAAUCCUCACCUUCAUUACCUAUAUUGGGUGUGGAAUAUCUGCCAUCUUUUCAGCAGCUACCCUCCUGACAUAUGUUGCUUUUGAAAAAUUACGAAGGGAUUAUCCCUCCAAAAUCCUGAUGAACCUCAGCACAGCCCUGCUGUUUCUGAAUCUCGUCUUCCUCCUGGACGGGUGGAUCACCUCAUUUCAUGUGGAUGGACUUUGCACGGCCAUCGCAGCCCUGCUGCACUUCUUCCUUCUAGCUACCUUUACCUGGAUGGGACUAGAAGCGAUUCACAUGUACAUUGCUCUGGUGAAAGUAUUUAACACUUACAUUCGCCGGUACAUCCUGAAAUUCUGCAUCGUUGGCUGGGGUGUGCCUGUCUUAGUUGUGUCCAUUGUUCUAGCGAGCAGAAAGCAAAAUGAAGUCUAUGGAAAAGACAGUUAUGGAAAAGAACAAGGUGAUGAAUUCUGUUGGAUACAGGAUCCUGUCGUAUUUUACGUGACCUGUGCUGGGUAUUUCGGACUCAUGUUUUUCCUGAAUGUCGCCAUGUUCAUUGUGGUGAUGGUGCAGAUCUGUGGGAGGAACGGCAAGAGAAGCAGCCGGACGCUGCGUGAGGAGGUUCUCCGGAACCUGCGCAGCGUGGUCAGCCUGACGUUUCUCCUGGGCAUGACGUGGGGGUUUGCUUUCUUUGCCUGGGGACCUUUGAAUGUCCCCUUCAUGUACCUCUUCUCCAUCUUCAACUCGUUACAAGGCUUAUUUAUAUUUAUCUUCCACUGUGCUAUGAAGGAGAAUGUUCAGAAACAGUGGAGGCGACAUCUCUGCUGUGGUAGAUUUCGGUUGGCAGACAACUCAGAUUGGAGUAAGACAGCUACCAACAUCAUCAAGAAAAGUUCUGAUAAUCUAGGAAAAUCUUUGUCCUCCAGCUCCAUUGGUUCUAACUCAACCUACCUUACAUCCAAGUCUAAAUCCAGCUCUACCACCUACUUCAAAAGAAACAGCCACACAGACAAUGCUUCCAUGGACAAGUCCUCAUCAAAACUAACUCAUGCUGAUGGAGAACAAACAUCGAUCAUUCCUGUCCAUCAGGUCAUUGAUAAGGUCAAGGGUUAUUGCAAUGCUCAUUCAGAUAAUUUCUAUAAAAAUAUUAUCAUGUCAGACACUUUCAGCCACAGCACAAAGUUUUGAUAUCUUUAAUAUAAGAAAGAGGAAUCAGUCUACACAGACAUGAAGAUGUGCAAGCAGUCAAACUCUGACUAGCAGAUGUAAACGUGGUCUUAGCUAGGUAACUGCAUAUAUAUGACCAAUGUGUUUUGUGAAGAAGGCGUUUGUGAAAUUCACUAUCUGUCUUUUCAGUGUGUUUCUUACACGGGGGAGUUUCCACCAUCACUAAAACUUCACUACUGAGAGCAGCAUGAUUCAGUACCCACAGGGAUAAGGUUUUUUAAAUAUAUAAUUGAAUUGACCAAUCAGAACUUGGGCUGGGAGGUGGAAUAUUAAGGUUAGAGGACAAGGGACAGGCCAGACUGUGGAAAAGUUUAGUUUAGAGUUUAUUCACACUCCACCUAAUAAUUAGGUUUGGAUAUGGCCAUUUGCUCCAUCAUCUUUCUCAACAAACGAAAGCAUACUAAUAGGGACUUCCCUGGUGAUCCACUGGUGAGGACUUUGCCUUCCAACAUGGGGGGUGAGGGUAGGGUGUGGAUUCGAUCCCUAGUCAGGGAGCUAAGAUUCCACAUGGCUUACAGUCAAAACACAAAACAGAAACAAUAUUGAAACAAAUUCAAUAAAGACUUUUAAAAUAGUCCACAUCCAAAAAAUCUUUAAAAAAGCAUAUUAAUAUUUAAAACUAUUUUGGAUGCCCACAAGUCCAUCUCUGCUAGUUUCCAUGAAUGCAGUAGCAUUUCCUCUUUUAACUACAGAGACAAAAGAAUGAUGUCUGACAAAGUUUAGAAAGGUGUAUCUUCCAUUAUCUCAAAUGUUUAACCAUGAAGAGCACAAUGUGCCUAAGAAAGAAAGAAUUUCCCAAAUUUUGACCUAGUUAAUAUGAAGUCAUGCUGUUUCAUUUAUCCUAUUCAAGACAUGAUGUAAACAUCAUUAUUAAUUAUAAUUUAAUCCUAUACUUUUGAAUCAAAUUUAUUGUUGGGGUUUCAUUACAGUGGACCUCACAGUAGUUGAAGAAUGAACCUCUUACACCUCUAUUUUUGAUCGUCUACUGUAUAUUGAGCCAUGGGUUCAUGGGAGCAAUGGAAUUUCCAUUAGGCAUGCUGUGUACAACAGUCUUGCCCUUUUGGGAAAAACAACUAUUGAGACUCUAUGGUCUUGUCAUAGCUCCAGAGACUUUUAAGAUAUUUCCAUUUGCACAAAUGAAAAGCCUCUUACUUACUCUUUCAAGAGUUUUGUUCCAAAGAAUAUAAACUGAGACUUAGGUGGGUGACUUAUCGUAAUCAAAAUAAUAUAUAAACAUGUGGGUCUAUACUUGCCAGUCUGAAAACUAUUUGUAUAUAGGUCCUCUGAUUAUAAGAGCUAGAGGAGAUCUGGCAAGAUAGAUGAGGUGUUAUUUAUGGAUUAGGUUUCUGCAUAUAAGCCAUGCAUAAUAUUAAGCAGCUUUUAGCCUAACUUUCAGACUGUCCUGAGUAAUGUGCUUGCUAGUGAAUGUGUAGGAGACCACAUUUUAAUUGUUCUUAAAUGAUGAAUGAGCGUCCAGUUUCAUAGAAAUUGGUCUCAAUAUGUGCUGUACCUUUACAUUUGCUUUGGGUUAUCUGAGACGUUUCAGGUUCUGGAAGCAGCCUAAGUGUGAGAAGAUGAGACAUUCCGGCAGAACGAAACUGCUUAAAGGCAGAAGCCAGACUGAGCACCUGGGGACCUUUCCCUCUGUGCAGGAAGCAGGUAGCCCUUAGUUUGAGAUAUAAGAAAGCUCUCAGACUGUGCAGCAACCAAGGGACGUCUCACUUUCCGCUCACCCUCAGUCAGUCAUGUAGGUUUUUGCCAGACCCGAACAGGUGAUGAUGUGGUAAUGAGUUUUCAUACCAUUCCAUUUUGUAACAUCCUGGAACACUGUUCUGGGAGAUAAAAGCAUGACUCAGCCUGGCCUUCCCAGGAGAGGGGUGUAGACAGAAGGAAAAGAUAGUAAAUCUGAGGUCACUAAGAUUCCCUACAGCAGAGUCACGUCGUUUUCCAUAGGCAUGUAUGUUAACAGGCUGUUUAUUUUGGCAGAGGUUGCAUCUAGAUGAAAGUUAACCUUAACUAGUCGCUUAAUCUUCAUAUACUCUCCUCCAAGCCUUAGAGAUGAUAGAAUUUAAUUAGCUUUCAACUGUGAGAUUUCUACCCAAAGUGCUUAUGUAGUUAUAAGUAAUUAAAGUGAGAACUUUAAAAAUAUCUUUGAUUUCUACUCAUAUUCAUGCAGAUCUUGGAAAAAUGUUUUUUUCAUAUUUGACAACAGUAUCAGCUCCACUUUAGAAAUUUCCAGUAAUCAGGUAAGGAUGAAAAAAAAAAUGGAGAAACAGCUGAAUAGAAACAUUUGCAAAUGGACUUGAGUUCUACACAUGUAGUUCUCAACUUCAUUUAACCCCCUCAGAACAGAACUUCAGGAAUUUAGCUCUGGAGCCAAAAUUUCGUUUAGCCUAAAUUUGAGAAUAGUAUCAACUUAGACUCUCUGGGGUUGGAAGAGAGUUGGAAAAGAGUUUCAAUUUUUGUUGUUUUUUUUAUUUUCUUUCUUUUCCUUUUUUUAAACUACAUUAUGUUAGAGUCAGUCUAGGAUCCUGAUAUGUUUUCCAAUGUUGUCACCAUGACUUGGCGUUGUAAAGCUUUGUUUGUUUAAUGUUGGCAUAGACUCUUUUGUACAUAUUUAUUUAUUUGUGUUUAUAAAUGUGAGCUUGUUUUAUAUCUUACCUUUAUAUUGCCUGGCUUUGUUAUUUUAAUUAACUUUCUAUCAGAGAGACUGUAUUAUAUUUUUUCUAAAUACUUUGUGAAAUAGUUUUCUAUAGCAGUAUCUCUGAAUUUGAUGAAUAAAAAAUGACUGUGAGUGCAGAUAGAAUAAUCAGUAAAGAAGCUACUGUAGCUGAUUUGCCAUUUUACUUAAAUGGAAAAUGUUUUUCAAAUAAAUGCCUAUGUUGUUUGUGAUCCAAAUUA